GCGCCGUUCCAUCGCUGUUCUCUUUAAUCUGUACAAGCAAAGUUAUUUGGUCUCCAAUCUAUUUUCGCGUCUUAAUUAAACAAAGGAAUAAUGAAGGCUACCUUGAUUAUAACCUUCCUCGCACUCGGCGCCUCAGCCGCCGCAAUUCCAACCCCCAAACUCGAGCCUAAGGCUGUCACUGCUAAUACCACUCCCGAUAAGCCUGACGCUGAUUCUGCUGGUGGCAAUAUACCUCGCAGUGCUCAACGUGGUGCAGUGGGAGCACUCCAAGAUACUCUUGGAUUGGUGGGAUUCUCACCAGCAAAAGUUGAGCAUUAUGGACUCCUUGGGUGACUGACCGGUUAUAGCAUUAGGGCAGUGGGGUUAGGGGUACCAUAUUAGAAUCGUGAUAUUUCUGUUUCCCAUUAUCAGGCUUCACAAUCCAUAUGGGCGUCGUAUGUAUAUGAAUAGUGAAUUCACGAUACUAUUCAAAUUAGUUUUUCUGUGAGGCCUCGUAUGAAGGACCAUUAAGUGGAUUAUGUGAUACUCGGCAGGAAAGCUCAUAAUCACGCCGAAGUAGAACAAUCUGGUGGCAUUUUCACAAGAACAUCUGACAUGAAGAGAGGAAUCAACCAUAGCUACCACCUCUCGGUCUUGCGAUUGGGGCCAGUAUUCAAGGACGCAGUUAAAGGGCCCCGCUGAGAGGUCCAGGGUAGCUUCUGUGGUUCCAGAGGGGCUGGUUGAAAUAUUUAUAUAUCUACGUACCGGUACACUAAAGUGUUGCGGC